AAAAAUAAACAAGCAGCCUGAGUUUGUGAAAUUAAUUGAGAUUUAAAUAAUUUAACAAAAUUCAUAUAAAGCUUACGGUAAAUGUCAUAUAGAGCAACAACUAUAGCUUUGUUAGCUGAAAAACAGCCUCAAGUUGCAAGAAUAAGCUAUAGCAAAAUGAGUAUACGCACGCGUGCACUGGUCUUCUCGACAUUCUUUGGCAGCUGCAUUGCCAUUGGCCUGUUGCUGACGGGUAUGACCACCAACCAUUGGAUACAAGCUUAUCCACGAAAAGGAAACUCAACUCUCAAGGGCGAGGUCAAUAUGGGCCUGUUCGAUAGCACACAUCAUUUAGAUUCUGGCUUUGGCGUGCGCAGCAAACAGGUGGAUGUUUAUUCAUUUAUACGCACGGAACAUGGUGAUACUAGCUCUUCGCUCUGGCUACUUACCACGCUGGGCACUGGCUUUGGUCUACUUGCCUGCGCUGUGGCUGCCAUAGCUGCUGUGCUUAAGUCCGCAUCGGCUGCUAAAAAAGGCGGCACCAUGUUUCUGCUGCUGGCGUCCAAUAUUGCAGCUGCAGUUACGCAAAUGAUUGCAUUUGUAGCCUGGCUGGUGCAGUUCUAUCAGUAUCUUAUACAAAAUGUGCUUAUAGCUGAGCAUCAGCAGCAGCACUGGUACAGCAAUGGCCUAGCGCAUCUGGGAUAUAGCUUCUAUCUGGUGGUUCUAUCCACACUUGUUGUCUUGAUUAAUAUCACAAUACUGCUGUAUGCCAGACGUCGCGAAUACCGUCAUCGCCAUCGCUCGGAGCCCGAGACAAAGGACAAACAUCAAGCUAAUAUUAUGCUAUACUAGACGGUGUCAGCAACACAUAAACCUUAAUCCUGUUGUAACCUCAAAUGAGAAUUGAAUCUCUCACGUAAUGUAAUCUCGGGCCUAUAUAUACAUACUUGUGCCUUUACUUAAUAGUGUUGCCCCUUGUAUGCCACAUGAUCAAUAUCGAAUACUUAAUUGAAUCUACAAGUUAACCAUAUAAUUUUCUUAGUCCAUAAGUGAAUAUAUAUUAUAUGUAUAUGUAUUUUAAGGCAAGUCUGAAAAGCAUUUCAAUUGCGCAAACUUGCGCCAACAAAGAAACGCACUUGUAUCUCUAUAUACAAAUAUUGCAUUUUUA